AAGCGCAGGGACGGAAGGGGGAAAGGCUAAGCUGAUCAGCUGGUCUCUGCAGAGAUAUCGGACUCCUGCAAAACAAUUUAACGGUAGAGAAAGAAAGGUGCUCAAUGUCACAAUCGCCGGGAAGAGAAACACCGGAUCACACACACACAGUCGCGGGAGCAAACGGAUCCAGCUCUGCUGCAAGAUUUUUUAUAAGCAUUGCCGUCUGAUUCAGUGAGGAUACGCUCGGGACUGCGGUAUAAUAUCUACAGUCUCAUCUGUGUGUGUUUACCUUUGCUGUUUCAAGUUUCAGUAAUGCGAAAGCGAAAAGGCAGCGCAGACAAUGACAGCUCGUUCACGGGUACAGUACUGGAAGAUAUCUCCGAUCUAAAGCAGUGCCACGAAAAGACAGACACUGCUCCUGAGCCAGGAGGACCGGGGACCGCGAUGGGGAGACGCUACAGGAGGGGUGGUUUGAUGUGGAGGCUGAAGAAGCUACUGAUCUGUGUGCUGGGAAUCUACAUCGCCAUCCCUGUUAUCAUCAAAGUCUGUCCAUCAAUACAAGCUAAAUUAGUAUUUUUAAACUUUGUGCGAGUGCCAUAUUUUAUAGAUCUGAAGAGACCACAGGAUCAGGGCUUGAAUCACACUCACAACUUUUACCUGCAGCCCGAGGAGGGAAUCAACAUUGGAGUGUGGCACACAGUACCUUCAGUGAUGUGGAGGGAGGCUCAGGCAAAAGAUGCUGAAUGGUAUGACAAAAGCUUCCAGUCCAGUCAUCCUGUCAUCCUCUACCUCCAUGGCAACACUGGAACAAGAGGAGGGGAUCACAGAGUUCAGCUGUACAAGGUUCUUUGUUCAUUAGGCUACCAUGUAGUCACAUUCGAUUAUAGAGGUUGGGGUGACUCUGAGGGAAGCCCUUCAGAGAAAGGCAUGACAUCAGACGCUCUCUUCGUCUACCAAUGGAUAAAGCAGCGGAUUGGUCAGAAGCCCCUGUACAUAUGGGGUCACUCACUCGGCACAGGAGUGGCCACUAACCUAGUGAGACGGCUCUGUGACAGGGGAACGCCCCCAGACUCCCUAAUUUUAGAGUCGCCCUUUACCAACAUCAGAGAGGAAGCCAAAAGCCAUCCCUUCUCUAUGGUUUACAGAUAUCUACCAGGCUUUGACUGGUUCUUCCUGGAUUCUAUAGAUGCAAAUGACAUUCGCUUUGCCAGUGACGAGAAUGUCAACCACAUAUCCUGUCCGGUUCUGAUCCUGCAUGCUGAAGAUGACACUGUUGUACCCUUCCAGCUGGGAAAGAAGCUAUAUGAUUUGGCAGCUCAGAGCAAGAGUCUGAAAGGUCAUAAGGUUCAGUUCAUCCCGUUCCCCAGCUCUCUGGGCUACAGACACAAGUUCAUCUACAAGAGCCCACAGCUACCAAAUAUACUCAGUGAUUUUCUUAAUGCGCCGCAUCCUCACGUGUAAUCAGGAUUAUUUCAGCCGACUGCCCACUCUCACACACUCUCAGUUAAACACACAUACACAAUGUACUAAUGUGUUCAUGCACACACAAUCAAGGACUGAAGUUCUUCUGCAUUCCUUUGUUAACUUAAAACCUACGGAGGGAGAAAGUCAUUUGGAGUGUGUCAGGGCUGGGUGAUUUCUUACACCGCUUCCUGGUGCUAUGGUAACAGAUCUGAAGGGGCAGCUGGAGCACAAAGUAUGCAAAAUAAUAUGCUGAUAUGCACUGAAAUAAUGCUUAAGUCAACAACCCUCUUCUAAGGACAGACACACUGAUGAAGUUUUAGCGAUGGCGCUCCGAAGACCACACAAGAAUUACAGUCAAAGGGAAGAAGCAGGACU